ACCAAACCCUCCCGGGACAGCCGCCGGAGAAUGGUGCAUUUGAAAAGCAAUAAGAGGAGCGGACAAACAUAAAUGGUACUAGUAUCCAAAACACAAGCAUAAUGGUAGCCUUACCCUUGAUGAUUGAUGGUGGAUUUGAAGAGUGAGCGCUGCCAGUUUUGGCUCCCGAAGAAGAAUAGACUCUGUGCCAAUGCUCCUCUCCUAAUUCCUCAUACUCCAUUCAUCAGUAAUACUAGCAAGUAACACGACCAUUAUCUCUGGUGGCUCUGAUUCAGUUUCUGCGGCAACCACACACAAAGGUCCAAUCACCAAUGGAUUCAAUGCCCCCUUGACCCUUCUCACUCCGUACUCCAGCAUAAUCUUGAAAAUCACCUUACCAGAUGCCCCUCCCUCAAACAAGCUCAGUCUCUCUCCCUCCAACCCUAUUACCAAAAGGGCAUCAAUGCCGGCGGAGGCAUCGAUGAAGAUCAUACUGCUACUGCUUCACAUAUGAAGAGACGAGCUAUCUACAACAAGACUGUCCCUGAAUUCUGUGACUUGAUCCGCAAAAUCAAGAGCAUUCAUGCAUCCCUCUCCGAUAAUACCCGCAUUCAAGAUUCUUUCAAGAUUCCUCAAGCUUGUGCUGUUUGGUCUACUCGUAGACAAAUCGAUCGGAAGUUACCCUUCCAAGAGAAACAUGUUUUGCAGCAGGCCUCCAUCCUUGGUAACCUGGAAGAAUUUGGACUGUUGCCCAAGUCUGGUGUAGAGGAUGCUGUAAUUGAUGCGAGGACUCUAGACCGCAGCGAUGUUGAUGUUCCUGCUGUCGUGGAAUUUGGAGCUGGGAGGGGUUACCUGACCCAAUUGCUUGCUGACUGCUACGGGAUUAAAAAAGUGCUUUUGGUUGAGCGCAAGUCCUACAAGCUUAAGGCUGAUCGAAGUUUGAGACAAAUAGAGAACCUGUUGUUGGAGCGCUUGAGGAUCGAUAUUGAAGAUUUGAACUUGAAUGCUGUCAAGUCUUUGCAAGGGGUUCCUUAUUUGGCAAUUGGUAAACAUCUUUGUGGGCCGGCAACAGAUAUGACGUUGAAGUGUUGCAUAUUGGAACAAAGUGCUCAAAAUCAUGCUGAUCAGUUGAAAGCCAGUUGUUUCCUCAGAGGUCUCGCUAUAGCUACGUGCUGUCAUCAUCUUUGUCAGUGGAAACACUACAUAAAUAAGAACUACAUAUUGAAUCUCGGUUUGACCAAGGAAGAUUUCCAUGCAAUGACAUGGCUUACUAGCUGGGCAGUUGAUGCAGACCAUGGAUCAGACAUUUUUGUCGUUGACAGCUCGCCGAAUCUAAGUCUCAAUGAGAAGGAAGAGAUUGGAGCAGAAUUAAGUCAAUCUGGAGUGGGAGACGUUGUUAGGAAUAUGAGCGCUGUGGAGAGGGCAGUGGUGGGAUUCAUGUGUAAAGAUAUCAUUGAUGCUGGAAGAUUGAUGUGGCUCAAGGAGCUUGGAUUACACUCUCAAGUUGUAAAGUAUGUUCCACCCGGUAUCUCUCCUGAAAACCAUUUACUGAUUGCUAGGCAGGGCAAUGGAUUAUAUGAUGAUUCUGUUGCUGUUAAAUAAAUUCUCUGCCUCCAAAACCCAGAGACAACAGACUGUGAAUCAGGGAACUUCAUCAGAUCAACGUAUCAGAUGAUUUUUAAAAAGCAUCAGACAAUUCUUCAAACCGACUAUUUCCUCCUCUUUCUUCCCCUUUCCCUCCGGAGUUCCUUGAUGAUGGCUGUGUGCAAUUCCUUGAUGAUGGCUGCGCAGUUCAUCUACGCAAAAAGUUUGAAGUACCUUUUAUUUUUAUUUUGUCUUCAUCGUUAAAUGCAUUUGAAUUAGGGGUGCAAAACGAACCGGAGCGAUUUGCGAGUUAAUCGAUCAAACGAUCGACUCGGCUCAGCAUUGAUCGAGUUCGAGUUGAUCUUGAGCGGCACGUUUACUCAAACGCGCUGAGUAUCAAUCAUUUUUAGUUAAGCUCGAUUGCUCGUCGACUGUGAUCGAGCAGUAUGUAUUUUAUAUAUAUUAUUUAUUUAUUGGUGUAUAGUAAAUUACAUAUAUAGGUACUGAGUUCUUGUAAAUUCCCAAAAUGCCUCCUUUUUAAUCGAUCUUAAUACGUCAAACUCAAGUUUGAGCUCGAUUGGGCUCGAGCUAG